UAGAAGAAUGCUCAGGACCCCAUCAAGCAGGUACAGGAUAUAUGUGGGCCUGCAGGCUGCUCCAAGCAACAGCCUGGUGGACCAAACUCUCACAAGUCAGUAGAAGAACUCCCAGAGCCUCAUCCAGAUACCCCCUUUCUUUCCUUCUGCUACCACUCUCUUCUUUUCCCUUUCCCUUCUCUUACCUCUCUCUUGCCCUGUUAUCCUUCUCUCUCCUGUUUCUUCACCCUCCCUUGGAUUCUCAACCCUAUUUGCUCAACCUCCUCCCGGCUCUCCAAAACACUUGUGAAAAGCAAAGCUAGGGGGGGGGGGUGACGGGAAGUUGAGAAAAGGGCUUUCUCACAACUUACCUCCCCCCCCCCCCAGCUUUUCUUUUCAUCCAAUGACACAAAAUAUAUAUAAACCUUCCAAAACAUAACUGACUGCAUUUGCUUGAGUCCACUGCUUGGUAGUGGGAGGGGGAAGGGGUUAUAUGUACAAAUAUUUAUAUAUACUGUACUAUACUAUAUAAAAUAUGCUACAAAGUUUAAACAUGAAGAUAUGUUAAUAAUAUGUUUGAAAAACUUGCUGCCACAGUGCUUGAAUGAAGAUGACGGAAAGACCCUGUAUGUGUCUUAAGUUUAUUUAAACCAAAUUUUGUUAUGUAAUCUUCAAACUUUAUUAUUGUAUUAAAACAAAAUGAAGGUGUUUUAAACUGUUGUGACCAUUGUUUACAACACUGUUAUAGGCUGUAGGUUGCAUCCCAAUAUUUGGUUUUAACACGAUUAUACAUGUAUGUAUUGGGGUCUUUUCUUUACUUUCAAUAAUACAUUUCUCAUUUAGCGUGAAAUCCAAUUCGAUCAAAAUUUGUAUUCAAAACGACUUAUUACAGUUUUUAUGGCGAGGGCAGUUUUAAUUUAAUUCAGUCCUAAUGUUGCGUUCUAGGAGACGAGUCGGAUUCGGAUAAAAAAUAAUAAUACUGUACUGUAAUUCAUGGAGGGGAUUAAAUUUUAUUUAUUUUAAUCAAGACAUAUUUUUACAUAUUUUGCAUAUUUUUAUAUUGUGUAAUGGUGAAUUGAACAUAUUUUCAUUGAUAUUAUAUUUAUUGCUUUUAUCAAAAGCUAAUAUCCUAUGGUUUGUAUUACUCUAAAAAGGAGUUAUCUUUCAUUGUGAAUCAUUGCUAAGCCCUUUCUCUUCGACAGUCACAAGUGGUCAACGAACAAAAAAAAAAUCAGUUUUCUUCCAAAUUGAUUUGUAUAAUUAAUGAUUCCCAUUGUUGGGGACAGGAAGCCAGUACUUAGGAUAAUCAAGGUCUUCCCUAGGACGACCUUCCUCAGGAUGCAACCCACAACAGUUGCCUAACUCCCGAGUACCUAUUUACUGCCUGGCGUGCAAAGGCAUUAGGUGUAAGGUUCCCGUACCAGGGUCCCCAAACUCUUCAACUCAUCGGUCUCCGUGUGGAGCUUCACUGUGUUCAUCAACCCCCAUAUCUUUAUUAUAUCAACAUAUUUUAAUGGAAAUACUACUCUACCAGUACUACCAAUAAUAAUAAUAAUAAAUCAUUAAUAAUAGUAAUAAAAAAGUCAAUAUUAAAAUAUGCUAGCUAAGAUUGAUGAUAUCUUCAGUGAAAUAGUUGAUAUCAUUAAUGGGAAAGAUGCGCGUGAUGAGUGUCAACAAGAGCACUGAUAUUUGGCUGGAGAGUUGUGGUGGUGAACCACCGUGCUCUCCCAGGUUGGAGAGUUGUGGUGGUGAACCACCAUCGUGCUCUCCCAGGCUGGAGAGUUGUGGUGGUAAACCACCGUGCUCUCCCAGGUUGGAGAGUUGUGGUGGUGAACCACCGUGCUCUCCCAGGUUGGAGAGUUGUGGUGGUGAACCACCGUGCUCUCCCAGGUUGGAGAGUUGUGGUGGUGAACCACCGUGCUCUCCCAGGUUGGAGAGUUGUGGUGGUGAACCACCGUGCUCUCCCAGGCUGGAGAGUUGUGGUGGUAAACCACCGUGCUCUCCCAGGCUGGAGAGUUGUGGUGGUGAACCACCGUGCUCUCCCAGGUUGGAGAGUUGUGGUGGUGAACCAUCGUGCUCUCCCAGGCUGGAGAGUUGUGGUGGUAAACCACCGUGCUCUCCCAGGUUGGAGAGUUGUGGUGGUAAACCACUGUGCUCUCCCAGGUUGGAGAGUUGUGGUGGUAAACCAUCAUGCUCUCCCAGGUUGGAGAGUUGUGGUGGUGAACCAUCAUGCUCUCCCAGGUUGGAGAGUUGUGGUGGUAAACCAUCGUGCUCUCCCAGGUUGGAGAGUUGUGGUGGUGAACCAUCGUGCUCUCCCAGGCUGGAGAGUUGUGGUGGUGAACCAUCGUGCUCUCCCAGGCUGGAGAGUUGUGGUGGUGAACCAUCAUGCUCUCCCAGGUUGGAGAGUUGUGGUGGUAAACCAUCGUGCUCUCCCAGGUUGGAGAGUUGUGGUGGUGAACCAUCAUGCUCUCCCAGGCUGGAGAGUUGUGGUGGUAAACCACCGUGCUCUCCCAGGUUGGAGAGUUGUGGUGGUAAACCACCGUGCUCUCCCAGGUUGGAGAGUUGUGGUGGUGAACCAUCAUGCUCUCCCAGGUUGGAGAGUUGUGGUGGUAAACCAUCGUGCUCUCCCAGGUUGGAGAGUUGUGGUGUUAAACCACUGUGCUCUCCCAGGUUGGAGAGUUGUGGUGGUAAACCAUCAUGCUCUCCCAGGUUGGAGAGUUGUGGUGGUAAACCACCGCACUCUCCCAGGCUGGAGAGUUGUGGUGGUAAACCAUCAUGCUCUCCCAGGUCCACUCUCUUCCUUUGCUGAUCCAUUAUCAUAUAAAUGAGUUUUUCCUCCAAUUGACAAUUAAUAUCUUUAUUUUCUAUUUUAAAAUCAAACGGCGUAACAAUUUAAUCUGGGCCGUGUAUCUUCUCCGGGUCCUCAAAGCACACCUUAAAGUCUUCUUUUAAUUUGUUUGUGUUAUGUAUAUCUGAUAUGCUGUUACUUUCUUACAACUGUGAUAAGUUUGAAAAAUACUGAAAAUGUGUUUAUUCCAGUGAAGCUUUAAAUAGGAAUAAUUUGACUUGGAAGCCUACUAGAAUUGUCCUAACCUGAAUGAUUGUAACAUUUUCCCUGCAGAAGUUUCUGUACUUCAUUAUAUUUUAAAUAUUGGUCUACCAAAUAGAAUAGAGAAUUCUCACUCUUUUUUUGGGGGGGAGCCCCUUGUGGCUCCCUGAAGCUACUAUCAAUAAUAGUGUACCAGCUACUAGGCCACAUUAGCUAUGGAGUGUUAUAGGUCUACCAGGGUUUUGCUGGAAUAGAGACUGCAGCCUCUAAAACCACAGACAGAACUCUUUCAACUAUGUAAACAAAUGAUAAGAAACCUCUCCAAACUAGUUCAAGCUCAUUCACCCCCACUUCCCUCACUCAUUUAGGGGAGGGGAGAGGUAGCGCGCAGUCGGCCGGCUACUCCACCCUCAGUUCUGUGCUGAUAUUAAUGUACGUCGGGGUCGCCUCUCUGCUGCUUGGGCUCCUGCUGAGUCGUGGGUUCUGUCCUUAUUGGCAUUCCUGUACGUUGUGAAUUGUAGCUUGAGCCUGGAUAUUAAGAGUGCUUAGAGCUGCAAGUGCACAGGGUUAUCUUCCUUCUGUACUUCCUAGUUCUGUCCUUGCACUUUGGGGUUCUUUUACCCUGGGGUGUUUGGGGGUGGAUCCCUUAGAGGUCCUCCUCAUUCCGCACUUCACGUUUGAACACAUUGUUUGAUAAAUACCUUCCUUCAUAUUCUCUACUCCAGCUGUUUUAUACACUCGGCAAUCUUUCAGACUCGUGCAAUCAUGAUUCUGAUAUGGCGAGGGCCCACUACGAAUCCAGUAAUUUAUUGUGUUAAUAUCAUUAAUGUUUCAUAGCCCAGGUUCUGUCUCUUGAAUUGCAAACUCCUUUACUAUUACAUAUUUGGGUAUAUCUUCUUGUAAAAUGUCACCAGUAGCAGCAACAGGCAAUAAUGAUAUGUCUGCUGAAAUUUGAUGAUUGAUAGCAGGAAUGGAUGUAGAUGUGGAUGCUGUAUCUGAAGGAACAGUACUUGUGGCUGACAUCGCAGGAGUGGAUGCUGAUGUGGAUGCUAUAUCUGAAGGAAUGGUAUGAGUAGCUGUCGUUGCAUCUGUGUUGAGCCUCGAUGUUAAUUUUGGAAGUUUUCCUAUUUUCUCCUUCUCCUCUGCAGCUCUCUUCCUCUUCUGUGCUCCACUGAAAGCAUUGUUACAUUUAUGCUGAAAGGAUUAUUCACCAGGAAAUAUAUAUCUUAAAUAUUUAGUCCCACACCAGAAUGUAGGGAUAUAUUAUAUAAGUGUGCUUACAACAAUACCUAAAUAUUUAAACAUUGUGCUUCCAUAAUGAACAUGUCCUAUUCUCGUGGGGCCCAUCGGGCCCAUACAGCUCUGGUUCAGGUUCCUGAUAAACUGGCAGAUGUCCCAGGUGGUUCUGUCCCAGGUUUGAACUUGGCUGGGCCUUGUUUGGGACUUUGUCGACAUCACUUUCCCUGCCUCCUGGAGCUUUGACCAGGCUGCAGCAGCACCGUCUGUCGGUGUUAAGUUGGUCUCGGGUGACUCUGUGGUCGCUCAAGUGGUAGUGUGGGAGCCUGAACUUUGCCUGCCUUGUGUUUCCUCUGGGCUUCAGCAGCUGUUUUGGUUUCUUUUGGGUGAUCUGCCACAAUCGUUGGGUGCAGGCUUCAUUGGUCCUGUGCCGGCUGCUUUGUUGUCUACUUUCUUUUUGGAGUCGCCAAACUGGCCAGGAUCACUCUUUCAUUGGGCUUACUGUACGGUUUGGGAGUUUAAGGCUGUGUGGCAUGCACUGCAGAGGGUUCAUGUUCCUUUGGGUUUAUGCUCCGUCUCCAUUUGGACUGUUACCUUGUAGUUCAUUGUCUCAACUGGGUGUUUGCAAUGUUCCUCACCUCUUUGGGGCUGGACACUGUAUGUAGCUCUUCUGCUGGGUUCUUGGGGUUUGGUGUCAUUUAUGUCAAAGGAGUAUCCAAUGUCCUCGCUGAUGGUCUGUCCUGGUUCUAUCCUGUUUCUACCGAGUGGACCAUUAAUGCUGCCACCUUCGUUUAGCUUUGCAAGAUGUAUGGGUGCCUGGAUCCCUCUGUGUCGGUAUGAAAUCGGCACUUUCCCCUUGUAUGCGGUUCCAAUAUUCGAAUGUGAGGCCCUAACAUUGGAUGCCUUUCAGCUGGACUGGUCAAGGUGGGAAUUUCUGUACUUCUUUUCUCCAGUCUGGCUGUUGCUCAGGGAUCUGGCCAGGUUAGAUUCUCUUCCCUGUUACCAGGGAAGAGCGAUCCUUCUGGCUCCCUAGUACCCAUCUCAGCCUUGGUUUCAGGUGCUGCUUGCUUGCUGUCUGAACCCAGGCAGUUUUCUGCAUCUCCAUCUCUAUUAGAUGGUUGGCUCGGCAAUGUACUUCACUGGUUCGACCUUCUCCUCAGCUCUUCAUGUCUGAAAUUUAUUAGGCUUCCUUAUUGUCAGUUUUAU